AUGAAAUUGGAUGUCAAUGUUGAUUUUGAUCCGAAAUUGGCCGAAAUUGAAGUUCUUUACGAGUUUACUAGUUUUCAAUCUUUUGACGGAUUUUUCAAACCAACUGCAGAGUUGUCGAAAUUUUUGUCAAAGGGAAAAGACAAGAAUUUAUUCCGAAACAAAGAUCAAGAUUCUGUCUGGUCUACUUGCAUUGCUUUGACUUAUCUUGAGAUUGUAAUGAAGGAUUUCAAAGUAGAGUGGGAAUUGGGUUAUGAAAAAGCGCAAACUGCAUUAAGCGAGUCGAGCGGGUAUGAUUCUAGUGUUAUUGGGAAAAAUGCUAGAAAUUAG